CAUCUCACAUCACUCCUCCCCCACCCCACCACCACCACCACCGCCACCGCUCCAGCUCAACCUCGUCGCUUCCGGAACAACCAAGGCAAGCAAUCCAAUAGAAAAACAUCGGCGGCUCGGCUGGCGGAGGGAGGCGACCACCACCACAUAGACCAGCCCGCGCCGCCGCCCCGCCAAGCAGAGCCAGCAGCCCAAGCGCGCCUUCCUCCGAGGCCAAGCGCCGGCGCGCCGCGGGGAGGCGGCCAGCCAUGUCGGUGUCGUGCGGGCUGGAGUGCGUGCUGUGCGUGGGGUGCGUGCGCUGGAUGUGGAAGCGCCUCACCUACAUCGGCGCCUACGACAGCGAGACCUGGCCGCCCGCCUCGCCCGACGACUUCGAGCCCGUCCCGCGCAUCUGCCAGAUCAUCAUGGCCGUCUCCGACGACCUCGACAACCCCAAGCUCAUGCCGGCCACCCGCGGCUACACCCAGAUCGACGGCGCCGGCGUCCACAAGCGCACCACCUACGACGAGGUCGGCACCGCCUGCCCGCCCUACAUCGUCUACGUCGACCGCCGCCGCAACGAGGUCGUCCUCGCCGUCCGCGGCCUCAACCUCGUCCGCAACGCCGACUACAAGGUCCUGAUGGACAACAAGCUCGGGAUGCAGAUGUUCGACGGCGGCUACGUGCACCACGGGCUUCUCAAGGCGGCCCAGUUCAUACUGGAGAGGGAGACGGAGACGCUGCGGGAGCUGCUGCGCCAGCAGGGGCCCGACUGCAAGCUCAUCUUCGCGGGCCACUCGCUCGGCUCCGGCAUCGCCGCGCUCAUGACGGUGCUGGUGGUCAACAACCGCAAGGCGUUCGGCAAUAUACCCAGGAGCCACAUACGGUGCUACGCGCUCGCGCCCGCCCGGUGCAUGUCGCUCAAUCUCGCCGUCAAGUACGCCGACGUGAUCUACUCUAUCGUGCUGCAGGAUGAUUUUUUGCCAAGAACACCAACACCAUUGGAAUAUAUUUUCGGCUCUAUAUUCUGCUUGCCCUGCUUGUUAUUCCUGUUUUGCUUGAGAGAUACAUUUAAACAAGACAAGAAGAAGUUUAAAGAUCCAAGAAGAUUGUAUGCUCCUGGUCGGAUGUAUCAUAUCGUCGAGAGGAAAUUUUGCAGCUGCGCAAGAUACCCACCUGAGGUGAGAACUGCUAUUCCAGUGGAAGGGCGGUUUGAGCAUAUUGUGUUAUCGUGCAGUACCACUGCUGAUCAUGGCAUUAUUUGGAUUGAGCGAGAAUCCGCCUUGGCUUUAGAGCUAAUGAAGGAAAAGGAGAAGGCAACAACUCCGCCUGCUGAACAAAAGAUGGAGAGAUUGCAAAGUUUCAAGGAAGAACACAAGAAUGCGCUCCACAGGGCGAAAACCUUGGAUGUUCCUCACGCGAUAGACAUCUCUAAAGAGGAAACCCAUGAGGGCGCUUGCCCUGCGUCAUCUUCCGACACUCACAGCGAGACGACUUCAUCAGAACCGAAAUCUGCAGGAAGGACCAGUUGGGAUGAGCUGGUUGACAAGCUUUUCACCAGGGAUGACGAUGGGAAGCUUAUUGUGAACAGGGACAUGGUGGCGAGGGACGUUGCCAUCGAGUAGUGGCUGGUCCCAUGGCUACUCAUUCUUUUCGCCAGCCUUAUUAUCCAAGAGUGUAUAGUGGUAAAUCAUGUUUUUACCCUCGCGGAAUUUUCUUUUUUUGGCGACUUAGAGAAAAGCGGUCCCAAAUGCCCUAGCGCUUGUGCAUAUGUAGAUUCCAUCUGCGUAUUCUUUAGUCUGAAAUGUCAUGUACGUUGGUUAAUGCUGCAAGUAUUGUAUAUCGUCUCUGGGUUAAGAGUUGGAUUUCAUUA